AUGAUAGUUCCGAACAAUAAAGCAUUAGAGAUUCUUUUCAGCUACAAUAAAAUAGUUAUGGAUCUCAUUCAAAAAUCAACUGUUGAGUAUUCAAUGUCAGAAAAUAUAGAAGAAUGCAGUGCCUAUUCCGAGGAAUACACCAUUGAUAUUCCGAAAUGGAGUGUUGAGUAUUCGGAUCUGACAUCUCAAGUAGAUUCAAUCAAGACCUUAUAUCCGACCUUUUUUGUGCAAGAUAAUGACUCUGUGAUGAAUUUAGACUUGCUCCAAGAGCAAAAUGUAGUUCAUGUUCUCCUUUACUCCGCAGUCAUGCUUCAAUGGCCUUCUUUGCACACGACAGUCUUUUUUUCGGUUGAUGAUAUCAACAAGGGCACGACUUUUGAUGAAAUUGAAAUAGAUAGAAUGAAGCGCAAUAUCGGAAUAUUAUCAAAAUCCGAAUGCUUUGAUUUUUUAACAAAUCAAAAUAUCGAUAAUGAAAUUAAAACACUCACAAGAACUUUAGCACUCUAUUUCUAUACCAGGGCGCAUGGUGGAAGCAUUACACUCGAUUUAGAUUUAUUAGAAGGCAGAGAGUACGAAUGAAAAAUACGUAAGAUUUUUCAAAAUAAUAGGAAAUUAGAAAGGUUUUUAAGAAAUCUUUAUCACACCAAAAUUUGCAAGGAAGUGUAUAGAAAAAUUAUACGUGCUGACGAUGAAAGUGAUUUCGAAGCUAAACUUGAAGAACUCUUUAAUUAUGUGAUAGAGGAUUCAUAUUAUGCUAACCUUCCAAAAGGUUUGUAUGGGCUCACAGCAAUUGGCCGCAAAAUAUUCAUAUCAUGCGAAUACACUCCAGAAAAAGAAGAAGAAAAAGUGAAAGAAACAGAAGAAAAGAAAAAAGAAGAAGAGAAAGAGAAAGAGAAAGAGGAAAAUAAAGAAGAAACAAAAAAUGUAAGUAAAGCAGAGAUAAAAGAAAGAGGUGCGUAUACAAAGGCAGGAUAUCAAUUUGGAUUUGGACCUACACUGAUAAUACUUUUGCACGAAAUAGCACACCUUUCUUCUCGAUUUUGGGAGCAACAAACUUCUUACUUUAGAAUCACACCCAGAGAUUACAAAAGCCGAUCAGAUCCUGAAACAUCAUAUGGAGAAAUAGGAAACUAUCUAGAGUCACUGUUAUUUGGUGACAGGCUGCAAGCUCUUUAUCGUGGAGGUGAAAAGGCUUUAUUAAAGAUUAGUCUUUGAAACUUGCCAAUUGAUAAGUUUCAAGCUGAAUUCCUAAAAUGGCAAGAAUAUAGUAAAGCAAGGGGCGGCAAAGCAUGUAUCCUUUCAAGAGGGAAUGGAAUAGCCAACUGUGUUAAAUUCGGGAGAUGUGGGAUGUCUUAUUGGACUUCACGUUCGUAA